ACAAAGACAAUCGCCAUAUAUUUAUAGAGUGCGCAAAUACAUACUCACAGAGAGCGAGGGAGCGAGCAUAUGCAGAGAUAGCAGCACCAUGGGAACAUCAGUGCAGGUAAAGCCACUGUGUGGAGUGUACAACGAGAACCCUCUCUCGUACUUGGUCUCCAUUGAUGGCUUCAACUUCCUCAUCGACUGUGGUUGGAACGACCACUUCGACCCUUCCCUUCUUCAACCCCUCUCCAGGGUAGCAUCAACUAUAGAUGCUGUCUUGCUUUCGCACCCGGAUACGCUUCACCUUGGUGCCCUCCCAUAUGCUAUGAAGCAGCUUGGACUCUCUGCGCCUGUUUUUUCAACUGAGCCUGUCUACAGAUUGGGCCUUCUCACUAUGUAUGACCAGUUCCUCUCAAGAAAGCAAGUGUCGGAGUUUGAUCUGUUCACGCUAGAUGAUAUUGAUUCUGCUUUCCAAAGUGUAACAAGGCUAACAUACUCUCAGAAUCAUCAUCUCUCAGGCAAGGGAGAGGGAAUUGUGAUUGCACCUCAUGUUGCUGGGCAUCUUUUGGGAGGUACGAUAUGGAAAAUUACAAAGGAUGGUGAGGACGUCAUAUAUGCUGUUGAUUUUAAUCAUCGGAAAGAAAGGCAUUUGAAUGGAACUGUUCUAGGUUCUUUUGUGCGGCCAGCAGUUCUAAUAACUGAUGCUUAUAAUGCUUUGAACAAUCAGCCUUACAGACGCCAAAAGGACAAAGAAUUUGGAGAUAUCUUAAAGAAGACUCUUAGGUCAGGUGGCAAUGUAUUGCUCCCUAUUGACACUGCAGGACGGGUGUUGGAACUUAUUCUGAUGCUAGAAUCGUAUUGGGCUGAAGAAAACUUGGUCUACCCCAUAUAUUUUCUUUCAUAUGUUUCAUCCAGCACAAUUGAUUAUGUAAAGAGUUUCCUUGAGUGGAUGAGUGAUACCAUUGCAAAGUCUUUUGAACAAACGCGUGAAAAUAUAUUUCUUUUGAAGUAUAUUACACUUCUGGUUAACAAGACUGAGCUUGAUAAUGUUCCAGAUGGUCCAAAGGUUGUUCUAGCAUCCAUGGCAAGUUUGGAAGCAGGUUUUUCUCAUGAUAUAUUUGUUGAGUGGGGCAGUGAUGUAAAAAAUCUCGUGCUUUUUACUGAAAAAGGCCAGUUUGCCACACUAGCUCGUAUGCUUCAGGCUGAUCCACCUCCAAAAGCUGUCAAAGUCACUGUGUCCAAGCGUGUUCCUUUGGUUGGCGAUGAGCUAAUUGCCUAUGAGGAAGAGCAAAAUCGAAUAAAGAAAGAAGAAGCUUUAAAAGCCAGUCUUAUAAAGGCGGAAGAAUUGAAAGCAUCUCAUGGGGCUGAUAGUAAUACAAGUGAUCCAAUGGUCAUUGAUACUGGCAAUAAUCUUGUAGCACCAGAAGUGGCUGGUCCACGAGGUGGAGGAUACCGGGACAUAUUUGUUGAUGGAUUUGUUCCCCCUUCAACAAGUGUUGCCCCAAUGUUUCCCUGUUAUGAAAAUACGUCUGAGUGGGAUGAUUUUGGUGAAGUCAUAAAUCCAGAUGAUUAUGUAAUUAAGGACGAAGACAUGGACCAGACAGCAAUGCAUGUAGGAGGUGAUAUAAAUGGAAAACUAGAUGAAGGUGCUGCGAGUUUAAUACUUGAUACAAAGCCAUCAAAAGUCAUAUCUGAUGAAAGGACUGUGCAAGUCAGGUGUUCCUUGGUAUACAUGGACUUUGAAGGCCGUUCAGAUGGAAGAUCCAUUAAAAAUAUUCUCUCCCAUGUGGCUCCCCUGAAGCUGGUUUUGGUGCAUGGGUCAGCUGAAGCUACGGAGCAUCUGAAGCAGCAUUGCCUGAAGAAUGUGUGUCCUCACGUUUAUGCUCCCCAAAUUGAAGAGACAAUUGAUGUUACCUCUGAUUUAUGUGCUUAUAAGGUUCAACUAUCUGAGAAGCUAAUGAGUAAUGUACUCUUCAAGAAGCUGGGAGAUUAUGAAGUAGCUUGGGUUGAUGCUGAAGUAGGGAAAGCAGAAAAUGACACGCUCUCGCUGCUGCCUGUUUCCGGAGCAACUCCUCCGCAUAAAUCUGUUCUUGUUGGUGAUUUGAAAUUGGCAGAUUUCAAGCAGUUCCUCUCCAGCAAGGGUGUUCAGGUGGAAUUUGCUGGUGGGGCUUUGCGUUGCGGUGAAUAUGUAACUGUCCGGAAGGUUGGGGAUGCAAGUCAGAAGGGUGCUGGUUCUGGUACACAGCAAAUUAUUAUUGAAGGCCCCCUGUGUGAAGAUUACUAUAAAAUUCGCGAAUAUCUCUAUUCACAGUUUUAUUUGCUUUAGAUUUGGGCGAAAAAUUCAGUUUUUGCUUUGUUUUACCUCUUCGUUUCACUUGUUUAAGGAAGACUCAUACAGCCUAAGAAACAGGGUUCACGAACAGGGGGGAAGGAUGUGACUUUUGUGCUUCAUUUAGGGACCAGAAAGCUUAGCUGAGUAGCAGAGUUGGAAGAGUUGGUUAAUCUGGUUAGCCAUUUUAACUAGAAGAUUGACAGAGCUGUCAUUUGCUUUCAAUAUUAUCAGUGAAGAAAUGACACUGCGUCAUUCUCAGUGUUGUGCCUUGAAUUUACAACAACCUUAGCAUCUGAGGAAAUGAACUUUUCAAAUGUCUUUGGUCUCAAUGUAUUUCUAGGAAAGUUAUGUAAUUUGUUCCUUAUUUCUGGAUCAUUCUUUGAUGAGAACCAAAAUACAGAAAUAGAGAACAAGGUAUGAGAAUAAGGAAACACUUUGAUUA